AACUCCAAGAGUCUCAUUAUUGUUUUGCUUUCUUUUUUGCUUUCAUUGAAUACGAAUGUCUUGUUGCUCAUGUUGAUGAUAGUGAAAGUGAUCAAUUACAAGAAAAAAAGAAACGUAUGUGUUGUUACGGGCAGAAAUGGUUUACCAAAAUUGCUAAGACAACUCUCCAGAGACGUUAUGUUGGUAAUUUAC